GUUCGGUUGUUAUCAGUGCAUCGAUAAACCAUGUACUGUAUAAAUUGAAGAAUCACCGGGUGGAAUAUUAUCAGUUGCGUCUGUCCUCUCUUUUGUGCAGAGGUCCGUGGUCAGGUGGCAGAAAUUCCCUGUUUUAACAUUCAGUGCAAGAAUCUGCAAUGGAUACCGAUAAAUCUGACCUCAUAAUUCGAAGAAUUUUAGGCAAACUGAACAUGGAAGUUGUGCCGAAGGUAAAACAAAAUUCGCGGAAAGCGGAAGAAUUCAAGGACAAGGUCUGGGAUGCCAUACCAAAAGGGGGGCCUGGUGGCUAUCGCUUUCAUUUCAUUCACUGUGGCAGCGCCUUUGAGGGACUAGCUGUGAAAGAAGAAACUGACUUUGAUAUAACGAUGAUUCUGGGUGAUCCUUUCGAAUCAUAUAAUUUCACGACUCGUCGAGAUCCCAGUGGAUUCUUCACCCUUGAAUGGAAGUCUCACUUACCCAACAAAUUCUUCAAUGACUGCGAUAACUUUUUGGAUGCAGCAAAACUUCGGCGAGAUUUAUUUGGUAUCGUUUCCCGUGCAGUAGAGAGCCUCAACAUACCUAAUGCAGACAUUAAAUAUAGGGAACAGUUGGUUGCCCUUACUGUAGAGAUUAGGUAUUCUACGGGAGAAACGGUGUCCAUAGAUUUUGUGCCCCAAAUAGUGUUUCGCACUUGGGGACAAUGUCCCGACUUGAGGCCCCUCAGUGAACUCCCCAAAUGUUUGAGAGCUUACAUAGAUACAUCGAACAGGAAUAAGUCCCCCAUUAUGUCCUUUUCUAUGGCGGUCCCUGAUUCUCAGCAGUACCCCAAUCCUGAUCAACUUUUCAGCGUCUCCUUUGGCUUGCUAGAGAAGAAUUUUCUCAUUUCCGAGGUUAAACUGCGAGACAUGGUCAGAAUGGUGAAACUCAAGGCACUUCAGCAGAACUGGAAGCGUCUGUACAAGUUCCAGUCUUUCUUCGCGAAGAGGAUUGCAGUUAAGCACUGUGAUGAAUUGAAGGACAAGAGUUUGUGCGAAGGAUACAGAGCCAUUUUAGGUUACCUCCUCCAAGACGUAAAGAAUGGAUACAUGGAUGAUUACUUCAUAAAAAAUCUUGUGGCGUACAGGUGGGAACCAAAGAGGGCCUUUGAGUUUCAAGAAGCAAUCGCCCGUGCCAUGAAUGAGGAUCCCAGUGAUAUUUUGAAACAAAUGUAAUACAGCCUCAACUCCUGAGUUAUAGAUAAAGCUUGAUUUUUAAGAUAUGUGCAUCAGAUUAAACUUUCCAAAAUGAUUGUAUGCUUCUGUAAUUUUAAGGGAUUUCAGUUAAAAUUACAGCUGCAUUUUCUUUCGGAUAUAUUACUCGUAUUAUGAGGGCAUGGUAAGGGUGGCUCUUUGUCGCACCUAAUUAUAUUUAUCAUGAGAACUGAAUUUAACUUCAGCUCAUCAUGUUAGGUCACUUAGCGUGUUUGUGUGUGUGUGUGUGUGUGCAACAUAUUAUCCAAAGGGUGUUAGAUUGGUAAGAAUAUGAACUAUAUAUGAGUCACAAUAUAAUGUAUCUUAAAUUGUUCUACCUUUGAAAUUGCAGUAGAAGGUACAAUGCUUUGAGGAUUCAAUCAUGUGCUAUCAAGUUUUAUAUUGUCUUAGCCUUUCCAGUUUGAAGCUUGAAUUAUAAAAAGUAUUUUUGUCAACCUAGAAUAGUUUUCACUACCUGCUAUCGUAGAUUAGGAAUUUUUAGCUGACAGAGGUAUGAUACUUGACAUAAGAAGAAUGAUUGGUUAUCUUUGCAAUUUUCCUGAUAAUGCUUUGACAAACUUGUUCUCUUCAGUUUGAAUAAUAAUGAUCCUAUACUUGUGUGUUUUUGUGAUUUGGCUGAUUAGGUAGUGUGGAUCUUACACUAUCCCUUCCAUAGAAUAAGAAUAUGAUGGCAUAUUGUUCUGUAACGCAUGGACUAUUAAAUUAACGAAGUACUUCAAUUAACAUAUUGUCUUUUUCCAAACAAAAAUGUUCAUGUUUUAUAGUCAGUGGUUUAACUCUGAUACGCUACUUUUCAUAUUUUGUAUGUAGAUUUAUGCUGAACUCCAAGAUUUUACCUAUUUUCCAAGGCCGAGAGCUAAUUACAGUGGAUCAUAUUUCCCAAUUAAUGUAUCAGUGUAACAGCCACCGAAACAAUACUUAAUUUCAGCAUUCUUGCGAUUGUGAAUUGUUUAAUCUUAUGAUGGCUCUAAAUGAGCUCACUAUAUGUUUGUUUUAUUAUGUAUUUAAUAGGUAUUCGUAAAUGACAGAAUGUGUCCAUGCAAGUAACACUCCAAGACAUGCAAUAAGAGUUAGAUAUUUGCAUGUUUAGGCUUAGUCUUGAUACUGUCAUCAAUUGAUAAAAGACCUGCUGUUGAUGGAUUAUGUUACUGGUAGCAAAAUAAGUUUAUUCAUAUUAUAGUGUGUAGCAAGCUGUUACUUAUAUGAUUGUUAAUUAUAAUUUACAAACUGGCAUUAUUUCACAUUCACUAAUAAAUCUUUAUUGCAAGAAA